CAUUCAUAUAGGGUAGAUUAAUCCAGAAACGAGGCUGAGCACUUCUAUACGUGCGUAAAAAACAAAUAUCAACCCAUCAUGGACAAUACAGUCAGUGGCCACCAUUUUGGCGUAUGGGACUACGUUGUCUUCGCCAUCAUGCUCCUCCUCUCGGCAUCAAUCGGUAUCUAUUCGGCCCUCUCCGGGGGACGUCAACGAACGGCCGAAGAGUUUUUCCUAGGGGAUCGCAAAAUGGGUAUCGUGCCCGUGGCGAUGUCGGUCGUUGUCAGUUUCAUCUCGGCGAUUUCCGUCAUCGGAACGCCAGGCGAGAUCUACAUGUACGACACCAUGUUUGCGUGGUCGUUGUUAUCAUACACCGUCGGCAACUUUAUCGUCAUACGUCUCUUCAUUCCGAUCUUCUUCCGGUUACGCAUCACGAGUGUUUACGAGUACCUUGAGAUGCGGUUCAACCGAACAGUUAGAACUAUCUGCACAAUUAUAUUUUCAUUCCAAACGAUAAUGUACAUGGGGAUUGCAAUGUAUACACCAGCACUGGCUAUAAAUGCAGUAACCGGGAUGGACCUGUGGGCUUGUGUUGUUUCUACGGGUUUGGUCUGCAUAUUCUACACGACAGUGGGCGGGAUGAGAGCGGUAUUGUGGACGGAUACUCUACAGGCCAUCAUCAUCCUGCUCGGAGUAGCUGCAGUCGUCAUCAAGGGCACCAUCGACGUCGGCGGCCUCGGCGAGGUCUUUAGGAUUGGUCGUGAAGGGGGGAGGAUCAAAAUUGACAGGUUUGGUGCAGAUCCGCGAGUCCCCUAUUCUGUAUGGAGCAUAAUGAUUGGGAUGUUAACAGUGAACAUUGGAACUGGAAUCAACCAAACUGUCAUCCAGAGACUGUUUUCAUGCGGAUCAAGAAAAAGAGCUACACAGGCUAUUGUUCUAGCUACGAUCAUCAAAUUUUUUACGGUCGGACUAUGCAUCUUCUCGGGCGUAGUCAUGUACGUUUACUACGUAGAUUGCGACCCUUAUACACAGGGCGUCGUCAUGUCCAAGGAUCAGAUUAUGCCAUUGAUGGUGAUGGAUUUGUUUGGUGAUAUGCCCGGUCUACCUGGUCUCUUCCUGUCUGCUGUCGUCAGUGCUUCUAUUAGCACACUGUCGUCUGGGGUGAACUCGCUGGCAGCUCUAUCAGGAGAGGAUGGCGUGAAGGUGCUGUGGCCGAACAUCAGCCCAAGGAAAUAUACCAAGGUCAUCAAGUUGCUCGCUCUGGUGUACGGUUUAGUGAGCAUCGCCUUUGCCUUUCUUGCAAGUCAUUUGGGCCAAGGAGUUUUACAGCUGUGUCUUUCAAUAAUCGGAAUAACAUAUGGUGGCAUUAUUGGUGUAUUCUUACUUGGUAUAUUUAUGCAUCGAUGCAACUCAAAGGGAGCCAUCGCGGGCUUGAUUACAAGCGUCCUCUUCGUCGGCUGGAUAAAAAUCGGCUCCAUGAUGUACCCCUCGUCCAGAGGAAAGAACUCCCUCUCCGUCGAAGGAUGCCCAGUCCCCAACACCACCGAUUCAAUGCUGACCAAUGGAGCAGAAUGGUCAGAGACGACCAUAUCAGCACCUUACACAGACAUCUCCUCUCUCCCAGAGGGUGAACCAGUGUCCAACUCCGGCAUAGCAGAUUUCUAUGCCAUAUCCUUCCUGUACUACUCCUUUGUCGGUGUCGUCAUCUGUAUAACAGUCGGGGGUAUUGUUAGCAAGAUUACAGGUUUCACCGACCCAGACACCAUCAAGCCGGAACUGAAGAACAACUUGACAGACGCCCUCUUCUGUUGCUUUCCAGAGUCACUUAAGAGAAGGAUGCGGUGUGGAAUGGACAAGGCGAAAGAUGAUGACGAUGACGAGGUUGAUGACGUAAAGGAUAUGAAGUACUUCAAUGGUGUGAAAGAGAAUGUGAAGGAGAUCAACGGCGAGGAGAAGAAAAAGAUGAUCGAGUCAUUAAAUGACAAACACCCCCAGAAGUUCAAUACAACGGUUUGACUUGAUAGACAAAUAUACGGGGUGGACUAAUUACAUUUGUAGUUUUGGUCAGUUAUGGUUGUACUCUCUAAAAGGAAUUAAUGUUUUUCUUUCGAAUGUUCUUUAUAUUCGUCAUACUUCGAAUUUUCUUUCUUGUAAUCUUUCUUCCUUUCAUAAUUUUCAUUACAGUAUUGAUUCAUUUUCGUUAACUAUUUCUGAUGGUGAUAUUUUUAUAUAAUGAUUUUAGUACCAGCAGCAAGACGGUAACAUUGCAUUAAGAUCUAUCUUGUCAUCCUGCUCUGAAUAGAUAAAUAAAUGAAUAAAAAAGUGCUAACUUCGGUCCGAUGAUUUCGAUGCCAUUUUCACCCUAAGGAAAUUUUUUUGUUUUGCUCGACCUACCCUGGGGCCACAAAUCGCCCGGCCUUAUAGCCAAAUGCUGACCAGCCGGCAGGGUAACUUUCCUAUUUUUCUAAU